AUGGCGAAAAUUUACAAAGAGACCAAGGUCGAUGUGCGCCCGGUCGAAGCCAGCGCCGUCGUGGAUAUACAGAUUCCUACGCAGGAGAACGCGCAGCGACGAGUCAGACUAUCACUUUCCUCGGGGGCAGCACACGAUGAUAUUAUCGGCAUCAAAGACGACGAAGAUUUUGCCAAACGAUACCUAGCUACGCAGGGCUCUGUUUACUUUCGCCAGCGAAGGGUUUACCCGCGUACCUUCUUAUGGCGGGUGGUCAAUGAAAAUAAAGUGUUGGAGAUCCAGUCCACAGAUGUCUCAAAGAGUACCAUUGAUCAUAAUGAGGCGAAUCUCGUGCUUCGCCUGGAUUUUCAGGAGGCUAUCUUACCGUCGGGUGUUGCGCUGGCCGAUACCGAAGAUCACGAUGUUUUGAAUGUCUUUGUUCUUACAAGCUCAAGGCGUCUCUACACAAUAGCGCUUCGACCAGAGUUCUUUCGACGUGCUUCGUCCAUAGAUGAAAAUAUUCAGGAUUGGUGCAAAUCCUUCACACCGUCCCCUCUGUCUUUUACGCAACCUCAUCGCUUGCAUGCGUGCAGUACAAAGGAAUUGUUCAUUGCGCUGGACAGUGGUGCGCUUCUCCGGUUGACUAGAAGGACCGGUGAUGAUGGAUCGCACUGGUCGCAGAUUACCUUCGACGAAAAAACCUGGGGAGCGUCAAUUCGCGGUCUAGUACCUUGGACAGGGCAACAGCGCAUAUCGUAUAACGGGCGCACUCUUGACCCUAAUACCCCAAACGCUAUCGCUACAACAUCAGAUCAGACUUAUGUAUUUGCAGUCUGCUUGAACCAUACAUUGAAGGUUUGGAACCUUGCAGCCAACAAGUUGGUCGGCACAACAGAUCUUCUGGGCCGCACACUAUCAAAACAACAACCAGACACCACGACGUACUUUUUGAAUCCAGCAGAAUCUGUCUUCCUGCGAGUUUUCAACGCUGAAAGAGCUUUGGACGGGGGGUAUCGUUAUUACGUUGCGACAUAUACUCCUCAUGAGGAGGGCAAAUUCAAAUUCUGGGCAGUCAAAGGCGGCCUCACUAGUCCACUAACAAUCGAUGAUAUUUUCCCGCAAGCUGUCUUCCGGCCAUUAGACCCUGACUCUACGGGCAAUAUGUUUUGGAGUGUUGCAGACUUUCAAAUACGGCCGGUGGAGGAAGGGAGGCGAAUGGAAUUGUGGGUGCUUUGGCGAAACAAUUGUCUGUACCAGCUAUAUACUUUACACUUCAAUUUUGAAAGCCUUGAGGAAGACUGGUCUACAAACUGGACAUCGACUGCCUGGGAUACCCGGCGGAAUGAACCGGCUCCUGCUCUGGUAAUUUCAGACGUCGUUGAUCCGACGGACAAGUGGUUAGAACACUUUUUCCAUCCGGGACGUUACACAGCAGAAACCCUGGAAACUGCCCUUGUUUCUUACCAAGAAGCUCUGAAGCCGCGGGCAUCGGUAAAACGCAGUGCUCCGUUGCAAGAACGUCUUUGCUCCACGAUAGCUGCAUCCGUUUCGUUAAGGAAAUAUGCGGAUGAUGACAUGGACUAUGACAAGUAUCGAACGGAUACUGACCACAAGUGGCGACAAUUCUGGCAGAUUGUUGAAGAAGUCCACAGCAGAAGGUUCGAACCGAUAUCCUUGGCAUAUGAUACUUACAGUGAUUUGCCCUGGCUGGUUACCACAGACACAUGUGCUCUUAUUAGGGAAUGCAGUGCAACAGAAUUGUUAAUACACAAUUCUGUUUCGGAUCUCGAUAAUGAAUUGCCCAAAAUUGCUGAUCGAUGGCGACAUCGUAAACUUCAAUCCGAGCUCAGCAAUCGAUACGCUGAUGCAUGCCAUCUUAUCAAGGUCGCAGCGGAAUUCAGAAAGCGACUCCCUGCUGCAACCUUGCAAAUUUUCGAGGAGGCAAUGUAUAGCGAACUUUACCUAGAGCCACUACAUUCAGCUACGGAGCGACUAGCAGCUUUUAUCAACAAGUCCGAAUUAGGUGAGGGUGUUUCAGAUGAAGUGUAUGACGGGCUUUGCGCCGCCAUGAAUAAGCAGAUCAACAUAUGGAAGCUACCGAAAGAACCGUUUCACAUUGUCUUGGAUACGUUGCCGAUGGCAUUUGGGGGGAAAGAUUCAGAUUUGCUCUUCACUGCAUUUGGACUCAGAGCCAUGGCGAACGGUUCCCAAGAGACGAUUUCCCACAUUCGCCGUAUGUUGCACGAUCUCCUCAUUUUGGUCGUCUUUGUUGAGGGCGAAAUUAGCCAGGAACAGGGCUCGUCUUUCGAUGCGGUAGAAUUGUUCCCGCUGCUUAUUGCCUUUAUUAAAGAGUGUGAAAUGUUAUACUGGUUGAGUUCUAAUACGCGAGUAUCAACUAACCGGGCCCACAAUGAUACUGCUGAUGCGCAAUUGCAGUCGAAAGGUCUCGGUGGCGUGAAGUCAAUCCUCGAGGAUUUCUUUGUAACCGAUGUCAAACCGCGCCCUCACAUCAAUAUCUCCCAGAGCUUCACAUUAACAAAAGGCAUUCUUGAUGUGCUUUCUUGGGUUGUUCACCCUGGGAAUGUUGAAUUUGCGAACGGCUUGGUGCAUAUCCAGUGCAAUCUAAUAGCAAAUGGCAACAUUGACCUUGCCAGCAGCUUUUUAAGAUUUCAACCAAGCAGCGCAUGGUCUAAUUAUGUGAAAGGACGGCUGUUCGUAGCCAGGACAGAAUUUGAUACAGCAGCUAUUUAUUUCCAGAAGGCUGCAUAUCUACUUUCAGCGGGAAGGGCUCUUGGAAACCUGAGUGACAUGUCCGCCGGUCUACUCGACAUACUCGAUGCGGACAAUUUUAACAACGGCCUUCCAAAAUAUUUCCAACACAUAUACAGCGUCUUCGAAAAGGCUCGCUCCUUCUCUCAUGUCGCGGACUUUGCAUCCUUGGCAUUACAGGCAUUAGAAGUGGACCCGCUGAAAUCAACCGAUGAUCCUGAUUAUCAAAAUCUUCGGACCGAUAUUCUGUCUCGCAUGUUCUAUGCUUCUUUACGGACAUGUCAGUUCGACAAGGCCUACUCGGCACUUUCCCGCUACACAAACCAUGCACUGCAGAAGUCAGCGCUCGCGUCUCUCAUCACAGCCAUUUUGUCGGCCUACGGAUCGGGAACAUCCGGUCUUGAACAGCUUCUCCAUUUCCCUCUAUGGCUUACUCCCAACCUCUCUUUAUAUGUGGACGAAUCACUCAUGUCACUCGCUCGAAAACAGACGUCCUUCAGCUCUCCCCUUAAUGCAGACGGAAACUCAUGGGAAAACAAUUACACUCCAGAUUACCACCGGGUCUUGCAUGCUUAUCGCAUUGCGCGCAAUGACUUGCGAGGCGCAGCCGAGUUGGGAUACCAAACGGUUCAGCGACUACGACAUGCUAGAGACUUCCCCAUCACGCAAAGGGCGCUCGCCCGACGUGGCAAAGUCGAUGAAGAAGAAACUAAGCGCAUGGUGGAAGAAGACGAUAUCGAGAGCAAGGAAAUCCGGCAUGAACUGCUGUCGUUGAUCAAUCUUCUUGCGUGCGUCGACCAGAGUGAGGCGUAUAUUUUAGUAGACCUCGACGCUGCCGUACCUCCGGCUCCCUCGAGCAUUUUGGAAGCGAGCACGCCGGGCAAACGAAACAGGGAUGAUGUAUUCAUAGAGGAUAGCACUCCAUCCAAAAGCCCCCCGAGUGCUGCUAACCAACGACGCCGGAGCAGUGGUACUAUCUCAGUGAAUGGUGCGAGCAAUCACAAUAUUCACAAACAGCGACCCUCCGGCCGGCGCGUCAUCGUCACUCUGGAACAACUCCGAAGGGAAUACCAGAUGGAGCUUGAUCGUGUCAGUCGGAUUCAACGAGGUGAUUGGGAGUUUGGUGUCGUAGAAUACGAUGACAAUGCUGGCGGGGCUAUGGAUGAUAGUUUACUCGAUUUCUGA